CAAAUAAAAACAGUUCCGAUCCGCAGACAGAGGCAAGCUCCAUUUCGAACUCCCAACGUCUCUCCACCACCAGCACCGCCUCCACCCUCCCCCCCUCUCCUCCGAUGGAGCGGCCGGAGUGGAGCCUCUCGGACUUCGAAAUCGGAAAGUUCAUCGGCGAGGGCAAGUUCGGCAAGGUCUAUCUUGGCCGUGAGAAGCAGAGCGGAUACGUGGUGGCGCUCAAGAUCAUAUUCAAGACGAAGCUGGAGAAGUACCGGUUCCACGCGCACCUGCGGCGGGAGAUCGAGAUCCAGCACGGCCUCGACCACCCCAACGUGCUCCGCCUCUUCGCCUGGUUCCACGAUGCCGAGAGAGUCGUGCUCGUCCUCGAGUACGCCGCCCGCGGAGAGCUCUACAAGCUCCUCCGCAGUGUCGGCCACUUCUCGGAGCGGACCGCCGCCACAUAUGUUGCAAGCCUUGCUGGUGCGCUGGCAUACUGUCACAAAAAGCAGGUAAUUCACAGGGACAUCAAGCCAGAAAAUCUGCUCCUUGAUAUCGAGGGCCGACUUAAAAUUGCAGAUUUUGGAUGGGCGGUUCGAUCAAAUGCUAAACGUCACACGCUAUGUGGUACAAUAGAUUACCUGGCGCCAGAGAUGGUAGAGAAAAAGGCUCAUGAUUAUGCUGUUGACAACUGGACUUUAGGAAUCCUCUGCUAUGAGUUUUUAUAUGGCGCACCUCCUUUUGAAGCUGCAGAACAGCAUGAUACCCUGAGGAGGAUUGUUAAAGUGGACUUGCUGUUCCCUUCAACUCAUAACAUAUCUGCACAGGCCAAAGAUCUCAUUUCCAAGCUGCUAGUGAAGGAUUCAAGCAAGAGGCUUUCUCUUGAUGAUAUUUUGAAGCAUCCAUGGAUUGUAAAGAAUGCAGAACCUUCAGGGAGUUGCAUUGAGCUAAAAUCUCAUGCAUAAGCUCUUCAGCAAGUCAAUGGUAUUCUUGCCGUUGGGAGGCGGGCUUGGAUUAUGGCGAAGUACUUGUUUGCCAACAUGGCCUACAUAAAUUGAACAGUUAGAGCAUGUAUACUAGUAAUUGACAAAUUGUGCCUUUCUUUCUUGCUCGGCUAAAGUACUACUCUCUCCAGAUAUUUUCUUAACCUGCUAGUAAUACCCUCUUGGGGGUGGAUCAUUGGAUCAAUGACCUGUGAUAUUGCAAUGUAUGGCUGUAGUUGCAGAGUUCUCAUCACCACUGUUCUAAAUAAGCUGACCGCUUAUCUGUAUUGCAACCACAUCACUGAUGACCAUUCCGUACUGCUAAGUCUAAA